AUUGUAUUCAUAUGCAAUAUAUAUAUAUAUAUUAUAAUGCAAUGUGAUGCUUGCAAAAGAAAUAGUAUAAAUAGCCAUAGGCUUUCACAUCAAUUUAGUUAGAUUUGGAACUGCCCCUAAUCGGUUAGUCUGAAUAAACAAUCUUUAGCUAAAAAUGAAAUACUCGUUGCUGCUCGUAGCCGGCGCUUUGCUGUUUGUGCAAUUCGCCCAUGCCCUGCCGCAUAUGAAGCGUGAGUCCGUUGCUGUCGCAAUUCAAUCACAAAAUAGCAUUCACCAAUCUUCAGGAUCCUCAUCUGAAGAGGACAGUCCUCAAGCGGUACUGAUGAUUUACACUUUAGCCGAAAUCGCUAAACUUUCAACAUGGGUACUCGAACAGGGUAGCAUUGUAAUCAAAAAUACCGUGAACGAAUUGAAGGAAAUCCCAGUUAAAGAUGGACUCUUACAAGCGAACAUCACACGCAUGUCUGAAGUUGCCAAAGAAUCCGCAGAAUUUACCCUUAAAGAAGAUGAAGAGAGCGUACUGAAACUACUCUUGUCCAUGGUUAAUUUUGCAACAAUGAUGGAUGACUAUGAGAAUAUGCCUGCCGAUUCGAAACUGAAACAAACCUUGCAAACAGCUCUCGAAAAUAACGGCUACAACAAGUUUGAGAGCGAGUUUGAAGAAAAAGUAUUGCAGAUGGCCAAGAACUUCGACGUGGCAUUUGGUGAAUAUGUUAAGGUUUUAACCCCAGAGGAAAAGAUAAAGCAAGCAAAGUUACUUAAGUGGUACGAAGACUUCAAGGCCGAAACUGACGAAGAAAAGAAAAUUGACAAGUUUGGCGAAAUCUUUGACAACUUGUCUUAAAUUAGCGCAAGAUACUAUAAAGAUAGGAGAAAAUAAAUAUAUCAACUUGAAUAUGUACAUAUA